AUGCUGAGGGUGCUAGACAGCUCCAAAUUUGUUGAAAACUCUCCUGGAAGCUUCAGAAUCGCUCUGAGAGAUUCAGAUGCCUCAGGGAUGCUCCAGGAGGCUCUGAAGAGCACCAGAAGUCUCCAAACGGUACAAACGAUUCAGAAAGGACUCCAUAAACUUCCAGAUGAUGAUUUUCAGACAUUUUCAGAAUCUAAUGACGUGAUAACGUCUCCUAGAGUUGGAAAUGCCUCAAAAAUCGUUCCGAUAGAUUCAGAAGAGCUCAAGAGUGCUUCAGAAAGCAAGGCGGCUCCAAACACUACAGACAGUGUAUCCAGUAUCCGAAAGAUAACCAUAGCAACCAGUGUGCCAGGAGCAUUGCUCAGCUUUAAAAAUGCCAAAAAGGUCUCCGAUUCCAUUCUGAGCAAUUAUACAAAGUUCAAGGCAUUGCUCAGCUUUUAA